AUGUCACAAACUACCCUGCCCGGCUCGGACAUCAAGCCAUGGACCCGUCCCGCACCGCAGGGAUAUAAGUUCACCAACGCAAACAUCGUCGAUGUCGAAUCAGGCACAAUCAAAGAAAGCACAACCCUCAUAACCACCGAUGGCAAAAUCACCUACGUCGGCCCAGAAUCAUCCAUCCCAGUCUCACCGACCAACCUCGAAACAGUAGACUGUCAAGGCAAAUACCUCUGCCCCGGUCUGUUCGAUGCCCACGUACAUCUAUGCGCAGUCCCAGGCUUUAGUGACCUAUCCAAAGCCUUCGGAAACCCAAAUGAUGUUCACCUAUUGCGGCAACCCUACACGGCCUCGCAGAUGCUGCAUCGCGGCUUCACCAGCAUCCGCGACUGUGGCGGUGCCCAGCUCGCUCUGAAAGAGGCAAUUGAAGACGGUGUCUUCCCCGGCCCGCGGGUAUUUAUCGCAGGCCAUGCCCUCUCUCAAUUUGGUGGGCAUGGCGACCUGCGCGGUCCACAUGAAGCUACGGAAUGCUGCGGCGGCACCCAUAGCAAUAAUCAUCUGGGCCGUAUAUGCAACGGCGUCCCUGAGUGCAUGGCUGCUGUCCGUGAGGAGGUCCGCUGCGGAGCGGACUUCAUCAAGAUCAUGGGUUCUGGUGGUGUGGCUUCGCCAACGGAUAAGCUGGAGCAUCUGCAGUUUACAGCGGCGGAGAUUCAGGCAAUGGUUGAAUGUGCUGAUAAUGCUGGGACUUUUGUCACGGCCCAUGCAUACACCGUCAAGGCUAUCCGGCAUUGUAUCGAUAAUGGUGUCCGCGGUAUUGAGCACGGGAAUUUCGUGGAUCCACCCACUGCCAAGCUGAUGGCUGAGAAGGGGGGUCUACUUGACACCUACGCUCAUCGCACGAAAAAUUCUAUUGUGUUGAAGUCUGGUCUUGAGGCUUUGAGGGUUGCCUCGGAGGCUGGUGUGACUAUGUGUUAUGGGUCUGAUUUGCUGGGCCCGCUGGGAUCUGCACAGACCCAUGAAUUUGCACUCCGCUCGCAAGUUUUAUCGUCACUUGAAGUCUUGCGUAGUGCUACUGUCAAUCCCGCGAAGAUGAUGGGAUGCGCGGAUAAGCUGGGUCAGAUCAAGAUGGGCUUCCAUGCUGACGUUGUGGUUCUAAACAAGAAUCCACUUGAGGAUGUGACCGUCUUUGAUAAGCCUGAUACACAUGUGCUUGGUGUGAUGAAGGAUGGUCGUGUCUAUAAAAGUAGGUGGGAUGCGUUGCUAGAGGAUGGGCAGAUUCCGGUGAGAGUACAAUGA